GCGGUGUCGCUUAUUGCGACACACGCCGCCCGCGACCCGCAUCAAAAAUUACGGCACACACGGUCCGCACCGCGGAAUGAUAAAACAUGACAGCGAGCGGACGUCUCUGAUUGGUGGGGUCGGGCAUGAAAAAAGACGAUCGCCGGUCCUAUUGUCUUCGUCCGCGGACCUCUUGCGAUCCCGACCGGAGGAUGUGACGUUAGUUCUUUUUGACAUGGAACCGCCGAUAUCGCGAAUUCUGUGAUCUUACUCGGUUCGCUUUGAUCUUCGCCGACGCCGCUCUGUGAUACUCCCUGGGGACCAUGAGAUCUAAAUCGAUCGCCAGAAGGUUGACGUCUCAAGAGGGAAGUGAAGAUGAGGUAGAAGUCACAACCCGCAUCUCACACCACGAAGAACAACCUAUGGAAAAGGCCAUGGUCCCGCCGCAACUGGACGUCUCUUCUGACUUCAUCAGGAGGGUCGAAUACCUCAACAACAACUUCAAGAAUUUCGAGGAUGUUUGCUCAAUGAACAAUUUUAGACUAGCCACGAAAACUGUGGACAAUAUUAAAGAUAGGACGAACAGUGUUUUUAAAUAUAUUAGUGAGGAUAAGCCCUUCGUUGACCAUCCCCAGAACGGCCUGAACAUGGACCUGAUGUAUCUGAGGGCGAGGGAGGUGGUUCUGGCCAGUGGCGUGCUUCCCGCCGAGCUGGAGAUAAGGGAGAAGGGAGUUUUUGCCCGAGUGACCAUCAGCAAGGGUACUAGGUACGGUCCUUUCCAAGGAAAAUGGGCUGGGUCUCCUCAGGACGCUAGGUUCGCUUGGGAGGUCGUAGCAGGCUCUGGAGUCAGGGGAUGGCUCGAUGGUUCUGUGGAACAUCAGAAUUGGCUCAAAAUGAUAACUUGCUCACUAGAUAGGACGAAUUUCAACGUCAGAUAUUACCUCCAGAGUGGCCAGUUAUGGUACGAAACAUGUAUGGAAAUACCAACUGGGACGGAGCUUGUACUGGGACCAAGGGAACCUUUGAAUCUUCAGGAUAUGUUCGGAGAUUCUACCUCAGCUGAUGAGAAAUCUGACAGAGAAACAGCUUCGCAGCACAGUGGAACUGUUGACGAUCGUGAGGAGGAAGAAGAGGAUGAAUCUGAAGUGAGGUGCUGUGUUUGUGAACAACCUUUCACGGAUGUGGAUAAACUAGACGAACAUCUCAUAGUCAAGCACAACUAUCGAAAAGACGAGUUCAAGUGCGAAUACUGCCCGAAAGCUUACAGCCACAGACCUUGCCUUAUCAAGCAUAAGGCGGUAGUGCAUGGCGAACAUAGAAAAUACCACUGCGAAAACUGCCCCAAGGUUUUUACCGAUCCCAGCAAUUUGCAGAGGCAUAUAAGGACUCACCACGUAGGAGCCCGAUCACACGCCUGUCCUGAAUGCGGAAAAACAUUCGCCACUUCUUCGGGGCUCAAACAGCACACUCACAUCCAUUCCUCGGUGAAGCCCUUCCAGUGUGAAGUCUGCUUCAAGGCCUACACCCAGUUCUCCAACCUCUGCCGCCACAAGCGAAUGCACGCCGACUGCCGUAUGCAGAUCAAGUGCAUCAAGUGCGGACAGUCCUUCUCCACCGUGACCUCACUCUCCAAACACAAACGUUUCUGUGAUUCGAGCACCCCAGCCUCAACCCUUGGAGCCCCACCGCCGCUACCCUUGAAUUCGAUGGCCAGCAACAACCCCUUCUCGCUCUACAGGCCGACCUGCCACAUGCCCUUCUUCCCGCCGCAUUUCCCAUCCUACCACCAGAUUUUUCACCCUUCGGGGCCGCCCUCCGGCUUCAUAAACCCGCUGCUGUUCAACCAAUUGCCCAAGUUGAGGACCGACGAUCUGCCCGAGCUGCCCUCACCUAAGAAGAUGAGGUCUUUGAGCGCUGGGAGGAAUUCUCCAUGUGGGGAACGUGCCACGCCGCCCAGAGUACCAUCGGCGAACCUCAAAGUUAGUCCUCCGACUGCAGAAGAGGCUAAUUUAACACCAUCACCGGCUAAACCACCGGUGAAGACGGAGAAGGUUGAGGUUGGGUCGAAGACGCCCGAGAACAACAGUUUCCCAACAGAUUUGUCUAGAAGCUCCGAGGAAAGAACCUUAAAACGAUCCAGGCCAACCUCCAGCGAAGAUGGCGAGCAACCGUUGGAUCUCAGCAUGACUUGGAAGAAAUUCAAGGGUGAGGUGGCGGAAGUUUCAACGCCCUCUCCAAGAUCGGAAAGACCCAGUGAAGCCUCCACUCCCGUGAUACAAAAUGAGGAGAAAAUCGAUGUUAUCACCCUUGAGGAAGAGAAGAGAUCCAUCGACAAACUCCAGAGCACACCACCAAUGGCUUACCCGAGACCGAUCCACCCAAUGCUUCUUGACAUGUACCGACCCAGUUUCGCCAAUUUCUCACCUCAACACAACAACGAGAGAUUGCUACCAUCUCCCUUCGGACCACACAGGUUUCCAUUCUUGAACAAUCUCCAGCCACAGAGGAACUUCGACCUGCUCAGACCGGGCUUGCAGAAUUUCACUGGCGUCAAGCCUUUCCACGAUGUGAUGCAACAGCAAACGCAAGGGAAGAUUAAGGAUAGGUACGCCUGUAAAUUUUGCGGGAAAGUGUUUCCACGAUCGGCGAAUUUGACCAGGCAUCUCAGGACCCACACCGGUGAACAACCCUACAAGUGUAGAUACUGCGAGAGAUCCUUCAGUAUAUCCAGCAACUUACAGAGGCACGUCAGGAACAUCCACAACAAGGAAAAACCAUUCAAGUGUCCCUUGUGUGAACGAUGUUUUGGCCAGCAGACAAACCUCGACAGGCAUCUCAAGAAACACGAAGCUGACGAUGGUAGUGGAGGUGUGGUGGUUGCUGAUUCACCGGGAAGCAGCAAUGAGAAUGAAAGAGAAGAUGCGUAUUUCGAUGAGAUACGUAGCUUCAUGGGAAAAGUCACGUAUUCGGGAAAUGAACCUUACAGUCAGACUAGGCUGUUUUCACCACCAUCCCAUAACAUAAUCGAUGUUGUAGGCAAAGAUGAGGAAGAUUCCGAGAGCUUUUCUGAUGGUACGCCUCCUGAAGAUUACGCUGAAUUGAAAUCUGAAGAUUACGAGAUGAAAAUCAAGUCAGAAAGAGAGGAAGUUUUGAACAACAACGAACAACCAAUCGAACUCACUACAUAAUCUGAGAAAAGGAGGGACCCUCCAUAAAUAUGCAAUAAUUUAGUAUUAACCAUGACUUGAUUAUUUCGGUUGACAUUAUUUAUGCUCCAUCGAACAUUCCUUGGAUGUUGACGAAUUAUCUUUGUAAAUAUUACUCCUUAGUUGUUUUUCCAAGUUCCUACACUAUAUUAGAUUAACUAUUAUAUUAAUAUCAGAUAACUCCUUCUACACAUUCUUUAAUUGUAAGCAGUUUUAAAGCACUUGAUUUAUAGUACAUAAUCUUAUAUAUAAUUGGAGUAUCCACGAUAUUUUCGAGUAUUUCAAAGUUGAACCCUUUGGAAAUUGUAAUAUAAGUCUAUGAAUUUUGUAAAUAUGUGACAGAAAAUGCCAGUAGUUUUCCGUGAGAUUGGUUUUUGUAAAUAUAAUUGUGAGAUCUGUAUUAUAAAAUAUUUAUGUAGUAGUUGUCGUGAACGCUAUGCUACUAUGAAAUACUCUGAUUCGAUUACAUUUGUGAUUCGUGAUUUUUUUCAGUUUUCCCUUGAAUUCAUAACUCAACCAAAGCUAUUUCUACUUCUUUAUUCGUGUUUAUCGAAAUUGUUUAUUUUAUUUCUUGAACGUACUAGCCAAUAAUUGUUAUAUAAAUAUAUGAAAACGAGUUUACAUUCACUUAUAAUGAUUAUAACUCAUUAAUAUAGGAUAUCACUGAUUGUGACCAUAAAUAAAUUUAUUACAAUUA